AUGGUCAAGAACCUGGCCACCGUGCAAGUGGAGGACUUGGUGUGGCGCGCACAGGCGGCAGAAAGUGAAGCGGAGUUCAACUCGUGUCUCAGUAUGAUCGGCUUGACCUGUCCCGCGGCAGAAAACUUUUUACGAGGUAUCGAUCCGCGUGCUUGGACACUGUUCUGCGCCGCACAGCAGCUCAAACUCUACGGCUGGAACUCGACGCUCUUCUCCGCAGGCCCCCCAUUCCACAAUGAUAAUCGGCAAGUAACUUAG